GGGGACGGAAGAACAAAGCAAGGGAGAGCCGGGCCCGGGCGGGGAAAGAGGCAGCGAAGGAGGGGCGAGACGAGGACCGGCGGGAGCAGCACCACAGGGAAGAACGGAAAGACAAGGGCCGGGAAAAAGAGGGCCCAGCGGCAAGGGCGGCCAACAGGAGGAAAGGAAAGCGGGGGAGAAGGCAAAACAAGGGAGAGGCAGGAGAGGAAGAGGGGGAGCGGGCAAGAAACGGGGGGCAAGCCGGCCCACACCAGCAAAGGAGGGAGCAAGGACGCAGUGCAAGACGGGGAGGAAGGACGGGGCCAGGGAGAGAAGCAGGAGGGAGGCCGCAAGCGGGGGGGCGGGAGGUGACAAGACACCGGACGCGGCAAGAACGCGAAGGGCAAACAGGGCGGCAAAGGCGCAACAGGGGGCCAAGAGACGGGGCCAACCGGCGAAGCAAGGGAAGGAGGGAAAGAGGGCGGCGCGGGAACAACAAAGGACGGGGGGAACGACGCGGGGGCGGCAAGGAGCAGGAGGCAAGAGGCAAACUGGAAAAGCAGGGGAAGGGGGCGGGAGGGGGCACCAAACGGAGGCCGGCCCAACGCGGCAAGAAGAACCGAGGAACAAGGCAACAGGGCGGGAGGGGGGCCGGGACAACCGCAAGGAAGGAGGAGCCAGGGGCGAAGAAAGAGAAGCCGGGAGGGAGGGAGCACCCGAACCGGAGCGAGGGGAACGCACAAGGGAACCAGGGGGGCAGAAGCGGGCGAACGGCAACAGGAGAGACAACAAGGGCCGGCCAGCCAACAACCAGCCCAAAGCGCGAGCGCAGGGGAGGAAGCGAGAAGAGAGGGGAAAGCGCGGGCGACGAACACGGGGCAGGGGCAACAAGAAACACAACGAGGCCAACAAGAGACAAGAGCGAGGAGGCAAGAAACAAAGGCGAGGAGGCAAAACGGAGAAAGGACAAAGGGGCCAACGAGCAACGACGGGAAGGCGGGGGGAAGCACAGAGCGCGGGCAAAGGACCCGCGCAAACGAGCGGGAAGCCGAAAGAGAAGGGAAGGGCAAGGACGGGGGGAAGGAGGGCGGGGAAAAGAAGGGGAGGGAAGACAAGGAAAGAAGGGCAGGAACAGGGCCAAGAAAGAGAAGGCCCAAGGGAACGCGGGCGGCGGGGCGGAGGAGGAACCAGGACCCCCGGGCCGCAAAGCGCGGGGGAACCAAGAAGAGGAAACGCAAAGAAGGAGGGAGAGGAGACAGGGCGGGAAGGGGAGGCGAAGAAACCAGGGGAGAGGCGAGGAAAAAGGACCGCGCGAGGCAAAGGGCGAAAAGAGGGAGGCACAGGGAAAAAGAAAACAAAAGAAAGGAGGGGAGGAAGGGAAAGGGCAAGAGAAGGGCGCGAGGGCGAGGCAAAGGCAAGCGCCGGAAAAGGGCAAAGACCCAGGGAGGGGGACGAGGCCAGGGCAGGAGAAGGGGGGGAAACGGGAAAAGGCGAGGGAGAGGAGGAGCGGCGAGGAAGGGAGGCCAGAGCGGGGAGGCGGCGGGAAAGCGGGGACCCCGGAAGAAAGCGAGGAGAGGAAGGCAAGGGGCGGAGGGAGCGACGACAGAGCCGAGGGGGGGGGGGAGGAGGGGGCGGGGGAAGGGAAGAACGGGGGGGCCGGCGGAGGGGAGGGCCGGGAGAGGGAAAAGAAGAAGCAAAGGGCGCAGAGGGGGGAGGAAGACCAGGGGGAAAAACCGCAAAAACGAAAAGGGAGAGGCAGAGGGGCAGGCGGACAAGGGAGGCGAAGGGGAAAGGGGGAACGGGAAGAGGAGGAGACCAGGAAAGCGCCGAGGGAGGAGAAGGGGCAAGGGGUGGGGAGGCCGGGAAACGGGUGGAAAGGGAAGGCAAGGGCGGCGAGGGAAAAGAAAGAAGAACCAAAGAAGAAAAGCAGCGGGAGGCCGAAGCGGCAGGAAGGGGCGGGGCGGGGAAGACGCAGAAGCAGCGAAGGACGCAAAAAGACGAGGGAAAGGGAAAGAAGAGCAGAAGGCGAGCCAACGACGAGAAACAAAGGCGCGCGGGCAACACGGCGGAGGGGCGAGAGGAGAGAAGGGGGGGCGACAAAGGAGGCGAAGAGGCAGGAGCAACGGAGGGGAAGGAGGACGGCGGAGGGAGAAGGGGCGCGGGGAGAAGAGGGCCGAAAGGAAAGAAGGGCGGCAAGAGAGGGCGGGGGGGAGGCCGAGAACGCGAGCGGCGAAGCAAAGAACGCGGGCCGGACGAGCCGGAAAGGGAAAGAACGAGACGCAGGGGGAAGAAACAAGCGGGGAGGAAAGGGGAGGGAGGGAGCGGCGACGAGCACCGAGGCGACCAAGGCGGAGGGAGAAGAGGAACCCAGGGCGCAAAAGCGGACGGGAAAAGAGCGGGGAGCGCCAAAGGGAGAGCAGCAACCGGAGGCAGCACGGGCCCGCGCGGGAGGCGAAGGGACAAGGGGAACGAAAAGCGGGAGGAAGGCAGCGGGGCCGGCGGGCAGGGACGGGCAGGGGAAGAGCCGCACAAGCACGGAAAGGAAGGCCAGGGGGGGGGGCGAGGAGGAAACCCACAGGGGGGGACGGAAGAACAAAGCAAGGGAGAGCCGGCCCGGGGCGGGGAAAGAGGCAGCGAAGGAGGGGCGAGACGAGCGACCGGCGGGAGCAGCACCACAGGGAAGAACGGAAAGACAGCAGGCCGGGAAAAAGAGGGCCCAGCGGCAAGGGCGGCCAACAGGAGAAAGGAAAGCGGGGGGAGAAGGCAAAACAAGGGAGAGGCAGGGAGGAAGAGGGGAGCGGGGCAAGAAACGAGGGGCAAGCGGCCCACACCAGCAAAGAGGGAGCAAGGACGCAGGCAAGACGGGGAGGAAGGACGGGGCCAAGGGAGAGAAGCAGGAGGGAGGCCGCAAGCGGGGGGGCGGGAGGGGACAAGACACCGGACGCGGCAAGAACGCGAAGGGCAAACAGGGCGGCAAAGGCGCAACAGGGGGGCAAGAGACGGGGCCAACCGGCGAAGCAAGGGAAGGAGGGAAAGAGGGCGGCGCGGGAACAACAAAGGACGGGGGGAACGACGCGGGGGCGGCAAGGAGCAGGAGGCAAGAGGCAAACGGGAAAAGCAGGGGGAAGGGGCGCGGGAGGGGGCACCAAACGGAGGCCGGCCCAACGCGGCAAGAAGAACCGAGGAACAAGGCAACAGGGCGGGAGGGGGGCCGGGACAACCGCAAGGGAAGGAGGAGCCAGGGGCGAAGAAAGAGAAGCCGGGAGGGAGGGAGCACCCAAACCGGAGCGAGGGGAACGCACAAGGGAACCAGGGGGGCAGAAGCGGGCCAACGGGCAAGCAGGAGAGACAACCAAGGGCCGGCCAGACAACAACCAGCCAAAAGCGCGAGCGCAGGGAGGAAGCGAGAAGAGAGGGGGAAAGCGCGGGCGACGAACACGGGGCAGGGGCAACAAGAAACACAACGAGGCCAACAAGAGACAAGAGCGAGGAGGCAAGAAACAAAGGCGAGGAGGCAAAACGGAGAAAGGCAAGGGGGCCAACGAGCAACGACGGGAAGGCGGGGGGAAGCACAGAGGGCGGGCAAAGACCCGCGCAAACGAGCGGGAAGCCGAAAGAGAAGGGAAGGGCAAGGACGGGGGGAAGGAGGGCGCGGGAAAAGAAGGGGAGGAGACAAGGAAAGAAGGGCAGGGAACAGGGCCAAGAAAGAGAAGGCCCAAGGGAACCGGGCGGCGGGGCGGAGGAGGAACCAGGACCCCCAGGGCCGCAAGCGCGGGGAGAACCAAGAAGAGGAAACGCAAAGAAGGAGGGAGAGGAGACAGGGCGGGAAGGGGAGGCCGAAGAAACCAGGGGGAGAGGCGAGGAAAAAAGGACCGCGCGAGGCAAAGGGCGAAAAGAGGGAGGCACAGGGAAAAAGAAACAAAAGAAAGGAGGGAGGAAGGGAAAGGGCACAGAGAAGGGCGCGAGGGCGAGGCAAGGCAAGCGGCCGGAAAAGGGCAAAGACCCAGGGAGGGGGACGAGGCCGGGCAGGAGAAGGGGGGGAAACGGGAAAAGGCGAGGGGAGAGGGAGGAGCGGCGAGGAAGGGGAGGCCAGAGGCGGGGGAGGCGGCGGGAAAGCGGGGACCCCGGAGAAAGCGAGGAGAGGAAG